CACCAUAGGGUUUUCCAGCGGCCCGAAAGAACCUCAACAACUUUUGUGUACCACACUUUCUCGUCCUCCCCAUCUCCGACGUCGGUGACGCGGCCAGCUCCAACCAUGGCGGACUCGAAGCCGAAGGUUCUCCCGGCGAUCACCCUCCGCACCCGCAAGUUCAUGACCAACCGCCUCCUCUCCCGCAAGCAAUUCGUGCUUGAGGUGAUCCACCCCGGCAGGGCCAACGUCCCCAAGACGGAGCUGAAGGACAAACUGGCCAAGAUGUACGACGUGAAGGAACCCAACUGCAUCGUCGUGUUCAAGUUCCGCACACACUUCGGAGGUGGAAAAUCCACCGGAUUCGGGCUCAUCUACGAUAGCGUCGACGCUGCCAAGAAGUUUGAACCCAAAUAUCGCCUGAUCAGGAAUGGUCUUGCUACCAAGGCUGGAAAGUCUCGCAAGCAAAUUAAGGAGCGUAAGAACAGAUCUAAGAAGAUCCGUGGUGUCAAGAAGACCAAAGCUGAUGCUGCCGGGAAAAAGAAGUAAACAUGGUCUGGUGCUGGCUUCUUAAUAAUGUCCCUAUUAGUUUAUACCCUCUGCGCUGAAGUAAGGUUUUGUCAUUCCUAGAUGUGAACCAAGUUUGGCAUAUCACCCUGUGACAUUUACAUUUAUGCUUAGCUCUAUAUAGCUAAAGCUGAAGUGUUCAUGGAAGCAAUAACUUACAAGCUACCUAUUUUCUCUUCCAAAUUAAUGUGUGCUAUGCUGUUGUUUUA